AUGCCUGAAGAGAGAUAUGUUUCUUGUGCUCUCAUACUUGCGCCCGUACUGACUUUCUUAGAACGCCACUACUCUUACGAAUGUAAAGCAACUACUCAGGAGCGUCCGUAUGUGUCGCGUCCAUCACGAUCUCAGCAGUUGCGGAACCCCAAGCUUGUGCCCAAGUUGACAAAUGAGACGUUAAAUCCUCUGGAAAAGAAGGAAGGUGUUGCUGAUGCAGAGUUAGCUAAAGCAGAUGCUGAACGCGCACGCAAGCGCGAGCGCGAGGAGAGAGACGAUGAGUUGAUCGAAUCAUCUACGAAGCGUCACAGAUCUGUAUCCUCUCAUUCGGUAUCUACUUUCUCUACCGGUGCUUCGAGAUCCCCUUCUCCUGGCAAAGAUAGAGCUGCGUCACCUAAAGUCCGAGGACGAAGUCCUUAUUCUGAUAGCUCACGAGGCCGCGAUCGAGACGGCACUCAAAGUCGCAGUCGCAGUUUCAGCUCGAACCGCAGCCGGAGCCCCCGUGUUGAAACUCAACGCAAGCGAUCUGUGUCUGGCGAUGAUCGUUCUCUAGGAACUCAUGAACGUCAUAGUCAGUAUCGAUCUCGCGAUCCACCGCCUUCUGAUAGGGGCAACGCUCAUAUGAAACAAUCGAGGAGGGACUCAUCGGGGUCUCGCAGUCCAGUUGACUACCGAGGUCGACGUGAUGAGGGUUCAAGGUCGCCCCAGUCUAGGGGAAGACGUGAUGAGCGACCCGAUCGGUCUGGUACUCGACACGAGCGUGAGAGACCUGCACCUCGUGGAGGAUUUGAUGGGAGGAGGAAUGGUCGCGGUGGUCGCCAUCAAGAGAAUGCACGAGAGCGAAGUCUGAGCCCUUUUAGUCAACGAUUAGCCAUGACAAAGGCCAUGAAGCAGGGUGGAAGAUGA